GUGCAGUGUACUAUCCUGUAUCGUCAGCGUUCUCGCCACAACGCAGCUGGUCUUGAGCAAUGAGCCGAGACGUCGCUCCAUCCUCUUGGCUCGCUGGAGUUCGCGGGAAAUGGACCGUAUGUCUGAGUGCUUUGAGCACCAUUAGACUUGUAGAUCAUUCCUAACUCUGACAUGGUAUAACUUUUUUUUUCACAUUGAUUCGUAGCAACCUGUUGAGGUUUCAAACGGCGUAAGCACACGACAAAAGCACCGUCUUUUACCGUACCUCUGCUUUCUACUCGCGCUGCUAUGCUAACACAGCUUCUUUAGCUGGGCUUCCACAUUGGCUAACAGUAGCACCGCUUCAUGCGAGCAGAGACAACACUGGUGAGUAGAGAUAGACAAAGAGGUUACUGCUGUCAGACACUGAAGAGAAAAUGAGUGUCUUCAAUUUAGACCGGUUUCGUUUCGACAAAAAUGUGACGACGUCAGCAAACAAAGAGCAGGGCAACGGUUUCAAGAGUCCGGAGUCCGAGAAGGAGAACAGACCAGAAAAAAUGAAAUCCAACAAGGCCCCACCAAAGAACAGAGGAGUUGACUCAGAGGAUGAGGUUCCGUCACCACCUAAGAUCAAAGUUGCUUCAAAAAAGAGAUUUGUAAAUCCAAAACACAAACUAUCCAUUCACACAAUAUCAGACGAUGAAGGCAAUAAAAUGGAGGAUAAAAUAAACAGGCUUCUGGAGAUGUUUCCAAGGUUGACAAGGACACAGGUUCUGAAGGUUAUUAAAAGCACAAGCACAUUAGAUGGAGCUGUUGCUGCCUGUCUGUUGGAGUAUGGCGAUAAAGAAGAACCAAACAAGAAGAGAAAGGUGGAUGAACGUAGUAACUCACAGGAUGGUGGUCAAGAUCAACCUAGGAAAAAGAGGCAACCAUCAUUGGUCUCUGAAGAAGAAGAAGAAGGAGGAGAUGAUGACGAUUGUGAUGAUGAUAAUGAAGAAAAAGAACCAAGUUGGGAGAAGCAGGAGGCCAUGGUGAGGAGGCUGCAAAGAAAGUUUCCUGAUCAGGACAAGGAGGAGUUGCGAAUGGUGCUGCAAGAACACAACUGGGACGAUGAAGAGGCUCUGCAGGUGCUGCAGAUGUUCUCUGACCCAGUUAGUUGCAGUUCCCCCGACUCUAAAAAAGAAACUUCCAACAAAUUAAAGCACAAAGACAAGUCAAACAGGACACACAGAAAAAGGCACAAGCAUGUUGAAGGGCUCAUAAUUAUCAGUGAAACCGAUCUGGACAGUGCCAACGAUUCAGAAGCUAGAAAACAAAGUGAAAAUGAAUCAGAUGUUGAAGUCACAUCUAGAGCUUCAACACUGUCCACGUGGCUUCAAAAAGAAUCCAAGCCUGUGUCUUCAUCCUCAUCUCUCAAGAAUGAAUAUAGUUCUACCUCGAAAAAAAAUUCUUCUACUUCUGCUGCUGCCCAGAUGUUGUCAAGGUUUGCCAGUGGCACCAGUUUAGCUAGUUUAGCUAAGAAACAAGCAGCAGAAAGUAAGAGGAAGGCACGUGCCAUGAAAGAACACGUCAGCUCUGAGGGGGAAAGUGAUGGAGGAGAGGACACUGUGAGUAGUGAGUUUGAUGACUCGGACAAUGAACCGGAUUCUAACACUGCCAUGACUGGCAUUAAGCAGGAGAUGCUAGACUUUUUCAAGGAGGCAUCGCUAGAUGAGCUGUCGCAGAUCUCUGGCUGUUCUGUCAAGAAAGCCAGCAGAAUCAUAGAGAUGAGACCCUUCAAAAAGUGGCAAACACUGGUGGAAAUCCUUCAGAAAGAGAAUGGACUCUCUGAGCAUUUACUUGUUGGCUGCAAACAUUUCCUCAAAGAGCGAAAAGUAGUCUUAGGGCUUAUGUCCAAAUGUGAGACUAUUUCCUCCAAAAUGGUCAAACAGGUGACCAAGGUGAUGGAGAGUGGCACAGGAGCCAAGAAACAGCCCAGUUUACUCAACAGCCAGCUCCACUUGAAACCUUAUCAGCUGAUUGGGCUGAAGUGGCUGCUGCUGCUGCACGAGCAUAAACUAAGCGCAAUCCUGGCUGAUGAAAUGGGUUUGGGUAAAACAAUCCAAGCUAUAUCUUUUUUGGCCCAGUUGUAUGAGAAUGGAAUAGAGGGACCUUACCUUAUCACUGUGCCAUCAUCUACACUUGAUAAUUGGGUCAGAGAACUGAAGUUGUGGUGUCCAAGCCUUAGUGUUUUAGUAUACUAUGGAUCAGUAGAAGACCGCCGCUACCUCAGGCACGAUAUCCUCAGUGGAAAGACCCACUUCAAUGUCAUAGUCACCACGUAUAACUUAGCUAUAGGAAACGACAACGAUCGCAGCCUUUUCAGAAAGCUGAAACUGAAGUAUGCUGUGUUUGAUGAGGGUCACAUGCUGAAAAACAUGAGUACCCUACGCUACCGCCACCUAAUGUCCAUAAAUGCAGAGCAUCGAUUGCUGCUAACAGGAACUCCAUUACAGAACAACCUCUUAGAGCUGAUUUCUCUCUUGAACUUCAUCAUGCCCUCAAUGUUCUCCAGCUCCACUACACAGCUCACAAAAAUGUUUUCUAUGAAAUCUCAGGUGGAGAGCCGUUUUGAGAGAGAUCGAAUAUCUCAGGCCAAACUUAUCAUGAAACCCUUUAUUCUCAGAAGAGUCAAGAGUGAGGUCCUAAAGCAGCUGCCAGCUAAAGAAGAGAAAGUGGAGUACUGUUUGAUGAGUGAGAAACAGAAGGUGCUGUACGAUAAGCUCUUAAAGAAACUCAAGUUGUCCACAACUGGCAAAAACCGUGAGUUGUGCAACGUGAUGAUGCAGCUUAGAAAGAUGGCCAAUCAUCCACUACUACACAGACAGUACUACACUACAAAGAAGCUAAAAGCCAUGAGCAAACUUAUGCUGAAGGAUCCAAGUCACUAUGAUGCAGAUGCUGCUCUGAUCCAGGAGGACAUGGAAAUUAUGUCAGACUUUGAGCUGCAUGGCCUGUGUAAGCAGUACACCUCCAUCAGCUCUUACCAACUGGAAAAGGACAUCCUGCUGGACUCUGGGAAAUUCCAUUACCUCACAGAGCUGCUGGCCUCGCACAAAGAUAAGGGAGACAGAGUGGUACUCUUCAGUCAGUUCACCAUGAUGCUGGACAUUGUGGAAGUGCUGCUGAAACAUCUCAAGCAUCGUUACGUCAGGUUGGAUGGAUCCACACCCAUAGCUGACAGGAUUGUGUUGAUAGACGAAUUCAACACAGCCCCUGACAUAUUUGUGUUCCUGUUGUCUACACGGGCUGGAGGCCUGGGCAUCAACCUCACCUCAGCUAAUGUUGUCAUUCUACAUGACAUUGACUGCAAUCCCUAUAAUGACAAACAGGCUGAGGACAGGUGUCACCGUGUUGGCCAAUCCAGAACUGUCAAGGUCAUCAGAUUGAUCAGUAAGGACAGCAUUGAGGAUGGCAUACUGCAGCUGGGACAGAAGAAGCUGAAGCUGGAAAAGGACAUGACGGCUGCAGAUGAAGAUGGGGAAACAACCAUAACAGAAGAUAUGGCUUCUUUGCUUAAAGCCUCACUGGGACUGUGAUACACACACUUAAACAAAAGGUAGACUUGAGACUGGGUAAAUACAUUUCUGAAUGCAUUCCCUUGAUCCUGGGUAGACUGUUGGUCCAACAGGAGAACCACUGAGUGGUCAGAUAAAUGGACUGUGCCACAACACUCUUUUUACAUUAAUACUUUGUCAAGGUUUAAGAAUGGGGAAAGCCCAGAUGUGAAUUUGGCCACUUGAACACAACCUUUAAAGUCUCGAUUAAUUGUUGUUAUUGCUGUAUGUUUUUGAAAUGUGGGAAAUUCGGACUGAAACCCUUUUGAAUCUCAUCUCUGUGAUGGAAAAGUAGCCGUCACUUUACACAGGUAAGACAACAUGAAUGCAGCGACUAAACGGUUAAAGUAGAUGAAACAGAGAGAAAGUUGUUGGUUUUGUUUACCAUCACCGAUAAUAAGUCUUAUUGGUUUGAUCAAUUCCCUGACAAAUUAAAAAAGAAAACUGCAAAAUAUGACCAAAUGGAAACAGGGAACACGCUUGCAGUUGUCUAAGUAAUUUCAUCCUGAAACAAUAAGUUUAAACUUGCUUUUAUAUUCAUUAACAGUUUAAGUUAAUGAUAAAUAAUAAAAUAAUAAUAUAUAUAUAAUAAUAAAAACAUCUGCUGCCUUCAUUGAUGGUGUGAUCUGUGUUGGCCAGUAUGUUGUAGAUGUUUACAUGUGACUGUAAAAGGCAACAUCAUUUGUAUGUUCUUUAUUGAACAGAAUAAAAAUAAUAAAAAGAAAUUAUAUAAUAAAUAUUGAACAUAUCGAGGAGGGAAAUUAGUGUUGUUUUAGGGUAAAUUACGAUAAACCUUAUCUCAAGUCACUCUGCUUAUACCCACAGUUAAUUUAACACAAAUAUAAUUACAAGUAUUAUAAACAUACUGUGCAUGGCCUGUAUAGUAUGUAACAUAAGAACCCUAAACAAAAUUAGCCUUCGGUGCAAUAAUGAUUUUAUUUUGAAAUACAUUUGAAAAUGUGUUGACAGCACAAAACUAUUAUGUACUACAGUUGCAUUAAAUAUAUGGCUGCAGAAAACUUUACAGCAUAAUUUUACAUGAGUCAAAGAAAUUGAAAUUCAAGUCAAUUCAGUUUCAGUAUUUGUACAAUAAGCGGUGCAGAAUGUCCUUGGUUCAUUAUUGCUGCCACUGCUUCAGGAUCGGGGCAGAGACACAAAUAUAGUGCACCUGUUACUGUAACUACCUUAAAUAAUAAACGUCUUAAAGUUUCUAAAUCCACUGUUUGGCCUGUGGUCUAUCGAUGAUAAUGUCAGAGGUUAUAAUUAUAAAAGAUAAUUAUAGGAUUGUGACCUUAUAUGGUUUAUGUGCUAAACUAAUCCAAUACCUCUGCUUAAGUGAAAUUCAUUUUGGUGAGAAUCCUGUUUUCGAUGCCUGGCAUUUUCCUCAUUAAUGUACAGUCUGUGGCAAGCAAAAUGGGUGACCUGCAACAGGAUUGUAUUUUUAAAAGGAUUAUGGACAGUCUUGAAGUAAUACGUCAUGUUUUGAUAAUGAGAAUGGCUUCGUCCUAUUUCAAACCACAUAAAUGCAAAAGAGGAGUGAGGUAACAAUAUACACUAUAUUACCAAAAGUAUUCGCUCACCUGCCUUGAAUCAUACUAUGAACUGAAGUGCCAUCCCAUUCCUAAUGGUUCAAUAUG